AAAGAAUUUUUAGGUUAAUAUUAGGCAGAUAUAUGCCUAGUUUAUAAUUCUGUCGUUUAAUAAUAGUGUCGAAUUAUUAAAUGCUCAUGGAAAUAUCGUUUUAACUUCUCAUUAUGGAUAUUCUAAAGGCAGAGAUAGCGAGAAAACGAAAAGAACUCGAGGAAAAGAAUAUAUUGCAAAGUAACAGAAAGUACUUUAAGCGUGGCGAUCUGUUGACAACAGAGCCAAAAACACCAAGUAAUAUAAAAUCGAAUAGUAAUAAAGAUGACAGUAAUAAUAGAAUCGAUGCUGAAAACUCGAUGAUCCAGGACAAUUCGCAACAUGCGCUACCUCGAUUGGAAGUUAUACGUAAACUGAGAGAGAGAGGUCAUCCGAUUCUACUUUUUGCGGAGUCUGAAAUUGAUUCGUUUAAACGAUUGAGGAGGUGCGAAAUACUUGAGCCAGAAGUGAAUAAGGGUUUGAGAAAUGACUUUCAAGAGGCUAUGGAGCAAGUUGACCAAGCGUAUCUUGAUGAAAUUUUAAAAUCCUCUAAACCACAAGAGCAACGUAAAAAGGGCGAUGUUCAUGUACCCGAUGAGGAAGUAACCUACGAAGAUAUACAAAUUAUGGCUACCGCUCUUGAUAAAAAAGAUCGUGAUACGGACAUGAAUAUCAUAACACAGUUCUUGCAAUUUUUAGUGAAAAUGUGGGGCGAUCAACUUAACGGUAGAUUAGCUUCUGAAAAAACGGGUGCCAAGGGGAAGAUGGACAGUGCUAUUUAUGCACAGACAAGAGAAUAUCUAAAGCCACUUCUUCGGAAAUUAAAAAAUAAAUCUCUCCCUGAAGAUAUUACUGACAGUUUAACGGAAAUUGUUAAACAUUUGCUCGAGAGAAACUAUAUAUUGGCCAGCGAUGCGUAUCUUCAAAUGGCUAUUGGAAAUUCACCGUGGCCCAUUGGUGUGACUAUGGUCGGUAUUCACGCACGUACGGGAAGAGAAAAAAUUUUUUCCAAAAACGUAGCACACGUCAUGAAUGACGAAACUCAGCGAAAAUACAUUCAAGCUCUAAAACGACUUAUGACAAAGUGUCAAGAGUAUUAUCCUACAGAUCCAUCCCGUUGCGUCGAAUAUUCUAAGAAUUUCUAAAUUAAGUAUUCCCAAAUCAAUUUGUACAAAUUAGCACCCAAUUUAGAUGAAAUCUUAUUAAUAUUGUAAAAAUAAUGGCGUUGAUUGUUAUUUCCAUUUUAAUUAUGAUAAAGUAUAUGUAAUUUAUAAGUACAUGCAAUUAAUGCUCGAAUCAUCGUGUACAUUGAAAUUACAUGAAAUUGAAAUGAAUAUUUAUGUUUGCAU